AUGGGUGAUCGCUCGAAUGCACUUCAAUUUUACGUAAAAGCACUUAAAAUCUAUGAAGAGGCUCUGCCUGUGGAUGAUCCCGCGUUUGCUGAUUCUUACAACAACAUUGGUGGAGUAUAUAAAGAUAUGGGUGACUAUUCGAAAGCACUAGAAUUUUACGAAAAAGCAUUUAAAAUAGAUGAAAAAACUCUACCUUCGAAUCAUCCCGAUUUGGCUAUUUCCUACAGCAACUGCGGUUCAGUGUAUAGCAAAAUGGGUGACUAUUCGAAAGCACAUCAAUUUUACGAAAAAGCACUUAAAAUAAGAGAAAAAGUUCUGCCUUCGAAUCAUCCAGAUUUGGCUGAAUCCUACAAUAACAUUGGUCUAAUGUAUAAUAACAUGAGUGACUAUUCAAAAGCACUCUCAUUUCUGGAAAAGGCACUUGGUAUCUUACAAAUGACACUUCCACCUACACAUUCUCGUAUUCAAAGUGUGAAAACAGCUAUUGAUAAUAUAUCUGGUAAAUUAGCUGGCCAAUGUAAAGAACUUUCGACAUUUUUCCUACCGGCUACGAAGCCGUCUACUUACACAACUACAUUGCCGAUUAUUGGCACAUUGAAAUUAAGUGAAGACAGUACAAUGUUAACAGCAAAAUCACCAUUAGGUCCACAAUGUAAUGGUCGCGCUGUUCGACAACAAUAA